UCAACGUGAAGACAAGCUGAAUUGUUUGUUUCGCGUUUAUUUCUAAUUCUCUGUUCUCAUAAGUUUUCUAAUAAUAAAAUCAUUAUGUUAUUGGUGAAAUACCAUUAAAAAAAAUGGAUAUCAAAACUUCUCCUCAGGAACAACCGGAUCUCCUCUUCUUCGAUACUUUCUCGCACGACACGAGCGAGGAGUUGAAUUUGGACUUGGUGCAGUUCCCGAAGUCGGUUUACGUGCGGGAAAUCCGUAUAAUACCGUUGGGAGCUCGUGUUGAAGGCGAUUUUCCUGGCGGCGUGCGCUUAGGAGCCACGAACCCUACUAAAUUCCACAUAGAUUUCUUUGUGAACGACCUGAGUAAGCCAGGAGCUUCUACCUUUGAGGCUUUGGGCAGCAUAGAUUACUGCCAAAAUGGGGACAUCCAUAUGGAAUGUGGGUCAGGAUCGGAUCAGCCCAGGAUACCAACUGAUGGACUAGUGCUUAGAGGAUGGUACACCACUAUAACUUUGGCAGUCUACGGCAACCUCACCCAAGUUGUUCCGGAGUCGCCAGUUGGUGCAAAUCCCCCUCCAAAUGUUCAACGUUCCACCAUCACCCGGGAAGUAGCUCCCGUAGCCUCCAGUUCUGUGCCCGCUCCUCAAGGCGACUGGAACCCAGACGCUCAGAACCCCAUACCAUCAUACACGGGCAAUGUGGCAGCCAGCAACCCUGACUCCUAUGGUGGUAACAAUUACCCCCCUGAGAAUUAUGAAAACCAAAUGUACAGGAAUGAGUACUAUGAAAAUGAACCCCCUAAAGAUCCCAGGGCGUAUCAUCACGUCGAUAUGGAGUGGGAUAAAGAAAGGAGAGAAAUGAGCUGUGAAAGGGACAGCGAAAGACUGAGACGCAGCCCGCGGUCUUUAGAGCAUGACAGGGAAAGAGAUAGAAGAGAUGUUAAGAGCAGGAGGCGGUCCUUGGAAAGGGAAAGGAGUCGUGAGUUGUCGAGACAUCGUAGUAGGGAUUUGGAGCGGAUUGACAGACUUCAUUCUAGGUCCAGGAGCCGUGAUAGGGACUAUGUCGUCAAAGGGGAAUACAGGCCUCUCAGCCGAUCGAGAUCAAGGAGUAUUGACAGAGAUAGACUGCGGGGAACAUCAGCCGAUAGGGACUGGGAUCGCGGGUCAUACAAAAAGGAUGACUACCGUAGGCAUCGCGAUACUUCUUACGAUCGCUCGCGUGGUGGGUCUUACGAGAAGGACGGCGGUUCUUAUGACCGUCGGUCUCCUUAUAAUAAACGAGCUUCAUCUUAUGAUCGUAAGAUGCCUUAUGAGAAACGCGGGCCGUCUUACGAGAAGAGAUUGUCACCGUAUGAUAAACGGGGAUCUUCAUAUGAACGUCGAGCUCCUUCGUAUGAAAAGCAAUCGCCAUACGAUCGCAAAAGGCAUUCUCCUUACAGUCGCGUUAGAGGAUCUAGCUAUAGCAGCAGAUCCCCAAGUCGCGACGACCCUCGGAAGAGGCCUAGGACACCCCCGGGUGAGAGCAGUCGAAGACCAAUAAGUCCAAGAGAAGGCGACGUUUCAAGUCCUAUCAACUCUAUAAGGUCAGAAGAUGCAGGAGAAUUCGACAGAGGUAGUAAACAAAUACCCAGAGUCGAGUUUUAUCACCAGAGUUAUCGUCAUAAGACCUCAAUUAGAAGUCCUUCACAAGAGCUUGAAAAUCCACCUUAUGUUGACCAAAAGCAUUCCAGUCUUGUAACUGUUCAAAUUGUUGAUAAUCCCCCAGCUUCCAAAGCUGUCGGAUCUCCAGCGAGACAACUAGAAGAGGAGGUAUCUAUGGAUGCUGAACAAUUUGAACCAAUCUUGUCAGAUGAAGACAUCUGCGACGAUGUGGAAAGUCCCUUUAUGGAUGUAGACUAUGAUGUCAACGAAUAUUGUGGUGUCGAUGAUAUAAUCAAAUAUUACAAUCCUUUCAAAGUGGAAUGGAAAAAGUAUGAACAUGUCAAUAAAAUUCAGUCUCUAGCGACCGCGAAAGCAGAUGGAGUCAAAGACGUUAUGAAUGCUACUUUUGAUGAGCUUUGUGAUGCGAGUACAGAUCUUUUCAAAAUUUGGGACAUGACAAAGUCUGGCGAUAAAAGGGAACAGAAAUUCCUUGCAAAUACUUUCACUGAAAUAGAAAAUUCUGCCAGGGAAGAGUGGGUGCAACAAUGUGAACAGCUUUUUGGUGCACUCACGAAUGUUUGCAAGAACACUGAUAUAAUUCUGAGAAUUUUCCGUGAUAAAGUUGAGGAUGACGAAUUUAAUGAUAUUUACAAUUUGCUUGUGACAUUCUGCAAGAUUGGGCUCAAUUUUGAGUGUGCGUUGGCUCAGCAACUGCCGACUUACAAAAUACGGCAUAUGAAAUGUGGCAUACGUUUAGCCGAAGCGCUGAUGAGUCAUCGCCACAAUGGCCAAGUCAUGAAAAUUUUACUCAAAGCUGGGAUUGAUAUCCCUAUGUUACUACUAGAUAUGUAUGCUAAAGAAUACAUGGCCUUAAGUAUCAGACUUAUGAUACUGAAAUCGCUCAAUGCUUGUUUGUCAUCUAUGGAAUCUGUGGAGCAUUUUAUGAAAGAAGCUAUUUUUCCCAAGUUCGGUAAAAAAGAGAAUGGACUUGAUAGUCGGAGACCGAAAAAUGGAUAUCAAGCCCUCAUAUCAAUAAUGGAAACCAACCCACUUGCUAGAAUCAAGUUUUCAAUAAGCGCACUGAUAAAGAAAUUAAAUGUCUAUGAAUUGUUGUCUAAAUUACACCAAUUAGUAUUGAAUUUUAAUAAAACAGCCGCAGAGAAACCGGACAAUCAGAACGAAGACGCCGAACUGUCCGAAAGUGACACUGAUUUUAUUGUGAAUUCUUUGGAACAAAUUCUGUACAUGUUUCGAACUCAAUGUUUCCAUCUCUCACAACCUAAAAGGUUCCUCCCGGUCUCGGCACAGUUCGAGAUCAACAAGGAGUGUUCCAACGAAAUCUUGCUUGAAUUCUUCAGCACUCAUCAUUUCUUAGAGGUCUGCCUCUACCUACUCACCUGCCCCACCACUUGCAAUAACUUGGUUGUCAUUAGCCCCAUCCAUGAUUUGAUGUACGAAUUAGUCCACUCUCAAAAUGGUAUCAAUUUCCUUUACAACAAUAUGGAAAUGAGUGAGCUGCUAUUCAAAACUUUAGCACAGCCAUAUGGACAGCAAAACCCUGAAGAAUUCCUAUAUCCUCACGAUUUGAGUAAUUAUAGUGACUUACAAAUUCUUGGACUGGAAAUGGCGUAUAGAUUGAGAGCGUUAUAUUAUCUGCAGUCUAUCUGCGACUUGCAAGUUGGGAAAGUUGAUGACAACGAAUUGAUUGAUAGGCUUCAAUUGCUGUACUGUCUCAGUUUCGGCAGCAUCGGGAAAACUGCUGUUCCAGAGAUCAUAGUGAUGGGAGAUAAUGCUGAAUGUCUCAUGCAAGUCUUCGAGAAUGAUGUUAAAAGUAAAAGCAAGAGUGAGUCACCGUCAAAACAAAAAUCGCCGGCUAAAGGCUACGCGAUAGAGCUCAUCGUAUCAGCUGUGCGGUAUUCUGCAAAGGUCCCGUUUCUGAAGAAAUAUGGACCAAGAUUGAUCGCUGUUUCCAAAGAGCAUGAUAGAUUUGAGCCCAGCGUGUCUAGUGUCUUACAAGAAGUCAUUCCAUAUCUGAAGCCUGUUGAGAAACCGAAUAUCCUGUCAGGAGAAGACAUGGCUGAAUGCGUGGAAAUUCUAAAAGCCAGUUCAGAGCACGCCCCAGAUUUGCCAGGAGAGCUGAUGGUCUGCUUAAGAAUAUUAAGACAUUACUGCAUAUCAGACUACGAUUACAACGUCUCUAUUAACAGCGAAUCUGCGGCUGAAGAAUACGUAGAACUGAAAUACAAGUACAAUGUCCUUCAGUUGUUUUCUCUGGAUGGCGUCGCACAUUUAUCCGGGAUUCUGGAUCGUCUCGCCACACAUUUCGAGCAGCCAAGUAUGCAUACUUCGUUCUUCGCGUCUGCGAGGGGUUUGCAACUUGCCCAAGUGAUAUUACCAUGUCUAAGGUUGUUGGAUGAAAUGUUAGCGCGGGUAGUCAGGUGCCGCGGUCCCAGGUUUAGAGAUUUAACAGCUGCGCCGGUUCUUUUGAAGACUUAUGGUAUUGUCAAGGCGUUUCCGGUUGGCUCAGUGGGGUACAGAACCGCUGCUAAAGCAGCCGAAGCCGCGGUUAGGGCUUUGCUCGCAUACGCUCAGCCGAUAGCAGACGAUGCCAAUGACGGCGACUCUAUCAGAAAAGGACCUUGGACGUCUUUAUGUUCAGAAGUUAUUUCGUACACAAUGACAGCCCCUUACACAUUCGUCCCUGGUUUGUUAGUAUUCUCCGAGCUUCUACCACUGCCUUUACCGAUGCAAACCAAAACCGCUCCAACUGAGAGAGAAUUAGCUGACGCGGCUAACGAAAGGCGUUUAUGGUCGGCUCACCUCCACGCUUUGUCUAACGAUUUGACGGAUAUGAUUCAAAUAAUAUGCAUGUCGACUUACAGACCGGUCGUGCAUAUGUUGAGAAGGGUUUGCGUGCAGAUAGCCGACUUGGCUCCCAAUACUGCCGCGACGGUGGCCAAGGCUGCUGUUGGUGCCGUGACCAAGGAAUUUAAGACUGGAGAACCAGCUACGGCGAGUGCGGCCAGGGUUCUAGGUUUUCUGGCUUGCUUGGUGUCACAUACGCCAGUGAAAUGUGCAGUGUUACACACUAUGAACACCGGCGGGCCUCGUGCCUUGGACGUUCAGAAUGCAUUAUGUGGGAUUUUGAGUCUAGUGAACGGUUCCAACGAACACGCAGCAGCUCAAGAGUUUGCCGCUCAUGCUUUAGCCGCCUUUUGCGACGUGGAAAUCACUUUGACACCGUUGAGUUCUUCGCAAACGGAUCAAUUGCUAGCUAAUUCGUUGCCGAACAGAGACGCAAUUUCAGCGUUUUUGGAUGCGACAGCGGAUUGUCUUGAAUCUUCAACGAAAACUUGUGCCGUGGCUUCGUCCAUUUUGCGAGCGUAUUUCGUUUUGACUGAACACGAGUUUGGAUUCCAGCAGUUUAAGAAAUUCGUGACGAGGAAGCGGGAAGCCCUCGGGAAGUAUUUCAAGUGGUGUUUAGAAGGCCCGGGGGAUGAUAAGGCGGAGUGCCUGAGUUUGUAUAUUGACCUGAUCAGGAUCCUGAAGGUGGAGGAAGGGGAGGGGCCCGUGGGGAGGAAGACUACUUUGACGGUCAACGAAAUGGCUGAUAUGGUGGGGUAUUCACAAACGGAAGAGAACCACCCGGUUUUAACAUUGGAGAAAAGUUUGAAGGAUCGGAACGCCGACGAAGACGCAAUUGCCAAUGCCACAUUCCUAAACACCCAGCUCCUACAAUUAUCUUCUCCUUCUCCCGUUACUCCCCCCUCGUCCCCUCCCCCGUGCCCCCCUCCAGAGACCCUCGUUCAGCAGUUCUCGGCUCGCAUUAUGUAUAGUGUAGGGGAGGCGAAUGAUGAACGACUUACAAGUAGUUACUGGUUGAAUGUGCCGGCGGUGAGCGGGGAUGAUGACGUCAGCGUCAGUGAACUGGUGUCGUGCGAUAUAACGGAGCUGGCGAACGCGUUCCUGCCGUCGGCGGAGGGCGGCGCGGCGGGCGUGGCGGGCGCGGUGCGGCGCCUGGCCGGGGCGCUGCACCGCGCGCCGCCCGCGCACGCCGACCUACAGCGGCCCGUGGCACUAGCCCGCGUCCGCGGGGAGGCGGUCGGCGACGUGUUCCGCUCCCGCCCGCCCAACACCUCGCGCCCGCCCUCGCUGCACGUCGACGACUUCACCGCCCUCCACCAGCCCUACUGCCAGCCGCACCACAACAGAGGCAUGCGGCGCGGCGUGGCGGUGGCGGACCGCGGGCGGUUCGCUUCGGCCGCGCCCGUGCAUCAUCACUACAAGACGCUCCGCGGGAGAGGCGCGUGGGAGAUGGGAGGUCAGCAUUUCGGACACUUCGGGCCGGGCUCGCAGUACAUGAUGGGAGGCAUGGGGUGGGGCGGUGCGAGGAUGCAGCGGGGCCCCAGACACCGCUCCUUCAUGCGAUAACACACCCUAUUGUCACUGCAUAGAGAUCAAAUAAGCAGGAAAUUAAAUACCCCAAAAAUUUGUUGUAAUAACAAUAAACGCUUUGGAACAUAUGUGGUUUAUGAUGUAACUUGUUAAAAUCUCCAUUGGUCCCAAUUGCGUGAAUCAAGCCGGAUUUUAGUUCUAGACUGUUGUUCUUGGGCU